AUGCCUCCCAAGAAUGCCAGAGUUGCAAGGCCAGCUACGGCCAACCUGAGAGCGACGCGACGGGUCACCAGGUCCGCGUCUCAAGCCUCCAGCGAGGCAGAAAGCCGAAGAGGGGGCGCACCUGAGAAUGAGAACCCAGUGGAAAUGCCGAACGUGGCGAAUGCAGCGCUCCUGGCAGAACUGCAAAGAUACCGCGAUGCCUAUGGGGGUCAUCUGCCCAAUGGUGAAGCCGCCGCAGAUGCGGGGGACAACCCCAUACCACCCGGGGCGGCCCAGAAUCCGCCACCGCCGCCUCCACCCCCGGCAGCGCCUGCGGUGGUGCACGCCCCCGGACCCAACUACUGGGACAUGCUGAGACACAUGAAGAGUAUGCAGACGGAGUUUUUCAAUGGAAAGGCCGACGCGAUUGUCGCGGAUAAUUGGAGACGUCAACUCGAGAGGAACUUCGCUUCUGCAAGGUGCCCACCGGAGUUCCGUAGGGACCUGGCUGCUCACUACCUUAAAGACGACGCACUAGUGUGGUGGGACGAAGUGGUCGAAAGGUCACACGGGAUACGACUGACCUGGGAUGAUUUCCUGGAGGCAUUCAAUGGGAAGUACUUUCCCUUAGAAGCCAUGGACGCGAUGGAAAGCAAGUUUCAGGACAUCCGUCAAGGGUCGAGGAAUGUACGAGACUACGGGGACGAGUUCAACCGACUUCGGAGAUUUGCGGGUCACUACCUGAGUGAUCACGACUUAAUCCGCCGUUUCCUCAAAGGUAUGAGAGUGGAACUGAGGAAUAGCUGCAACGUGAGGGACUAUCGUGAUGUCCAUGAGCUGAUUGAGAAAGCCGCAGAACAAGAAUCAGGGCUCGAGGAAGAGCGAAAACAGAACCAGAACUCCCAGAACCGGGGUACCAAACGGCCCCGGGAUGCACAACCCGCGGCUGAGCCUGCUCCGUUAAGGCCCGCAUGUGAGAGGUGUGGACGAUUCCAUGCAGGGGAGUGCAGGAUGGGAGCAUGCUUCACCUGCGGCGAGCGCGGACAUAUAGCGAGGGAUUGCCCGAAGGAGAGACAAGGCCAACGCAGGCGCUGUUACCGCUGCGGCCAGGAGGGACAUCUGGCGUGGGAGUGCCCAACACUCCAAAGAGGAAACGCGGAAGGGGCACAACCCCAACAGCAGAGGGGGCAAGCCGCAGGGGCAAGAGCGUACGCCGUCGAGGGUCGCGAUGGAGCCGAACCGAUCGCGGGGUCUGUCGCGGUCGGAGGAGUGACAGCGUUCACUCUCUUCGACACCGGGGCAACUCACAGUUUUGUAAGCCCUAGACUUACGCGUGAGUGGGACUUUAAGGGGAACUUCAACACCAUGGUGACGGGAGUCGAGACGGCAGGAACAGAGAAAAUGGCCACGAGGGGUAGAUAUGAAGAAGUACCGGUGAUCCUCGCAGGUGUGAACUUACCCGGAGACCUGCUGGAGUUAGAACUGGGGCGUUACGAGGUGAUCUUGGGAAUGGAUUGGCUAGCACAACACAGAGCCGUGGUUGAGUGUGCCAAGGCAUGCGUUAGGAUCCCGCUUGAUGGGAGGCAAAUCGUGUACAGAGGAAUGAGAACUAGGACCGGAAUAACUGUGGUGUCGAUGACCCAUGCUGAAGAAGCAAUCCGGAAAGGAGGAGAAGCCUUUUUAGCCACUAUUGAAAUGGUGGGUGAGACCGAAGCGCCAGAUCUGGAGAGUAUCCCUGUAGCAGCAGAGUAUGCCGAUGUGUUCAAACCACUACGCGGACCCCCACCUCAACGAAAUAACGCUUUUACGAUUGAGCUAGAACCCGGAACCGCACCGGUUUCCAGGGCCCCCUACCGUUUGGCGCCUGCAGAGAUGGCUGAACUGAAGAAACAACUGGAAGAACUAGUGGAAAAGGGAUUCAUACGUCCGAGUAGCUCGCCUUGGGGGGCGCCGGUACUCUUUGUAAAGAAGAAGGAUGGGAGCCUCCGACUGUGCAUCGACUACCGGGGAUUGAACAAAGUUACCGUUAAAAAUAAGUAUCCCAUACCCCGUAUAGACGAACUUAUGGACCAGCUGGAGGGAGCCACUUGGUUCUCGAAGAUAGACCUCGCUUGA